AUGAAAGUGAUAGCGAAUUGCUCUGCCGUCAACCCGAAGAAAGCUCCAGUGGUAAAAGUCAAGAGGACCAAGCCAUGGGUCUACAAAUCACCACCGUAUCUCCAGAAAACAAACCAAAAAUACUGGGUGGGCUCCCAGUUUGCCGUUGGCGAGAACUUCGUAAUGCUUUACGACACUGCCCCAUAUUUGGCAACCGUCUCCAGAAUCGUGGAAGUUGAUGGAGUUGAUCACUACGAUGUGCAUUAUGUGGGAUGGAACAAAAGAUUCGAUCAUUCUGUGGUAGUUGGCCAAGAAGAAGGAAGAAUGUUCAAAGGAACCCGUCGGCGAUAUCCAUUGAAAUCAUCACCAGCCUCUGUCUCUUGA